AUGGCGCCGCCCCGGAGUGACGCCGACGACUUCCGAGAAGUUUCUUCGUCCGCGUCACGACGCGACGCGACGACUGCGACUCGUCUGUCUGUUGCUGACACGAGAGUCAGACAGGAUCGUUUCGCCGAUACAACGCGUCGCGCGCCGCGGCCGCACGCGCGCGAUGACGACCGCGGCGGACGACGCCGCGGAGGACCUCCUCGAACGCCUCGCGGACGUCGGGUGCGUCUCUCCCCGGUCCGACGCGCCGUCCACCGUCCGCCGUCGCCGUCGCCUCUCGUUCGCUCGACGACGCCCCCCCCCACCUCGAUCGAUCGACAUCGACCGACGCGUCCCACCCCUCCCUCCUCUCCCCCCCCCAGCGUCCCCGUCGACGACGCGUCCCCGGGCGACGUCACGCGUCGCGCGUCCCCCGCGGACUUCGUGCGCAUCGCGCAGCACCUCGCGUCGGACGUCGCCGCGCUCGUCGAGACCGCGGGCGCGGACGAUGCGCGCGGCGUCGAGGCGGCGACGCACGCGAUCGUGCGAUCGUGCGCGUCGUCCGCGUCCGUCUCCGCGACGACACCGAACGCGGCGGACGCGAACGCGCGGCGGAUCGAGCAAGGGCUUCGCCGGCUUCUCGCCGCGAUCGACGCGGAGUCGCGCGCGGCGUCGUGCGACCUGCGGACGCUGCUGGACGAGCUGGUGACCUACGUGCAGAGUGGCGUGAUGCUCUCGAGGAAGAGUGAGGUGCGUUCUAUACACUGGUUCCCAUACGACCGCGUUCGCGUGGUGAACGCCGAUCCUUAA